CGGAAGGAGUUCGUCCACCCGGUGCAGGAAGGAGCUGCCGCUGACCACAACGAUGGCGCCGGCACCGGCACGGCAGGCGCCAACACCAGCUCCGGCAACCACAACGGCGUCAUCGGCAUCGUCGGGGCCGGCAACGACCAGGUGGUGUGGACGUCCUCCGCCGACCACAGCGACGGCGCCGACACUGGCACCGUCACGGCAGGCGCGAACACCAGCGUUGCCGUCGGGCCCGGCAACCACCGGGUGGAGUGGACGCCUUCCGCCGACCACAGCGCCGGCGCCGGCACUGGCACCGUCACGGCAGCCACGAACACCAGCGUGGCCGUCGGGCCCGGCAACCACCGGGUGGUAUGGACGUCGGGCGUGCAGGACCUGGUGACCUUCGCCAAGUGCCAUCUGUUCAGCGGGAGGUGGGCGAGGGAGGAGAACCACGCGUUCUACCCGCCGCGGUCGUGCCCCCACAUCGACGGCGACUUCAACUGCCACAAGAAUGGCCGGCAGGACACCGGCUUCCUCAACUGGAGGUGGCAGCCGAGCGGCUGCAACAUUCCCAGGAUGAACGGGACUGAUUUCCUGGAGAGGCUGCGAGGCCAGAGGAUCAUACUCGUCGGCAACUCGCUGAACCGCAACAUGUGGGAGUCUCUGGUCUGCACUCUCCGCCAUGGUGUCAGGAACAAGAAGAACGUGUACGAGAAAUCCGGGAAGAACCAGUUCAAAACCAGAGGAUACUACUCAUUCAAGUUCAGGGACUACAAUUGCUCUGUGGAUUUCAUAAGAUCGACACUUCUGGUCAAAGAGAUGGUCCGCGAGAGCCCAAACGGUACCGUCCUCGACGAAAAACUGAGGUUGGAUGAGCUAGACGCAACGACUCCGGCGUACCAGACUGCCGACAUCGUCGUCGUCAACACCGGGCACUGGUGGACUCACCCAAAGACGUCAAAAGGGCUGAACUAUUACCAAGAAGGCUACCGUGUGCACCACUGCCUUGAGGUGAUGGAGGCAUACAGGAAAGCACUGACCACAUGGGCUAAAUGGGUCGACAACAACAUAGACCCAACAAGAACUCAGAUCGUGUUCAGAGGACUCUCCCUAACACACUUCAAGGGAGGGCAGUGGAACUCAGGAGGGCGAUGCCACAGGGAGACCGAGCCGGUAUUCAACCAGACGUACCUCACCGAGUACCCCGAGAGGAUGAGGAUACUGGAGAAGGUCAUGAGCCGGAUGAAGACCCCUGUGAUAUACCUCAACAUCAGCCGGCUCACCGACUACCGGAAGGACGGCCACCCCUCGGUGUACCGGGUGCGCUACGAGACGGAGGAGGAGCGGAUGGCGGCGGCGGCGACCAAGCAGGACUGCAGCCACUGGUGCCUGCCGGGCACGUGGAAUGAGCUGCUGUAUGCCUCGCUGCUCCAGGCUUUCUUCAAGUUCUACAGAAACAACAUGCCUUGACAGAUCAAGGUAACCAUCCGAGCCCAUUGGCAUUUCUCCACCACCAUCAGAACGAUGAGAAUCAACCAACACAACUUGCCUGGAUAGGGAGUCCGUAACUUCCUGUGGUGGCGAGGAGCACAUAAUCCGUCCG